GGGAAGGAGGAGAGGAAAGGAGGGACGGGAUGGAAGGAUGGAGCAAUAAUUGAGAAGAAAAAACCUAAUUUGCGUUGUAGAGAAUGGAGAGUAGCGGAGCGGUGUGGAGAGUCUGAGAGUGUCAUCUCUACCUCAGACCAUGUGGAGUGUAUCUAUGCGUCCAUCCGCGUUCGAGGGGAUACAGGGGAUGUGUGUGUCCGUGCGUCCAUCAGCGUGUGCGAGGAUUCAGAGGGGGAUGUGUGUGUGUCCGGCGGGGACAAUGGCAGGGCACGGUGUGGAGGGGGUAACCCCAGCCAGAGGGGGUCCUGCGGGGAGGGGUGUAGGUGGAGGGGUGAGGCGGUUUGAGGAGAUCCCACACGGGCAGCAGUGGCUGGCUCAACCUGGUGAAGUUCUGGAGAGAAGAUAGAUUCAAACUAUUACACAAACACAUGGAGAGGACAUUUAACACCCUCGGACCCAUUUACAGGUACCUGUGUGUGUGCGUGUGCGUGCGUGGGUGUGUUUGUAUGAACGUGUGUGUGGAGUCCUACCAGCUCUCACAGUCUCACAUCAGAAUUAGAUGUUCAUCCAUGUUUCUCAAACAUCAAAUUUCAAAGUUGUUCCAAACAUAAAAUGUCUACGUUUUUAAGGUUAAGUUAAGGCAUUAACUCCACAUUUUUAAGGUUAGGGUUAAGUUCAGACAUUAACUCCACAUUCUUAAGGUUGGGCAUGAACUCCAAAUGGUUAAGGUAAGGGUUAAGGUUUGGGAUAGGCUUAAAACAAAAAUAUCAAAAACAACUUUCUAUUGCUGGAUUUGAACCUGCAACCUUUGGAAUCAAAAGGCAGAUGCUUACACCCAUCCACCAUCCUCAUCCACAACUACCUAAUAAAAUGGAAACCUACUUGAAGCUAACAGCGCUCACUGUUGCCCCUGGUGUCCAGUUUCCACAUCAUCUCCUGACGUCCUCAGACAUGGAUGGAUGUCGAAUUCUGACUUGCAUCAUUGUUCAUCUACAGGUUCUUGUGCUAGGGUGUGUUUGUGUGUGUUUGUGUGUGUGUGUGUGUGUGUGCUGUCAUGUUUCAUGUACUGUGUCUGGUGUGUCUCCACCAGGGAGCGUCUGGGCACCCAGAGCACUGUGAAUAUCCUGCUGCCGUCUGACAUCAGCGAGCUGUUCCGCUCUGAGGGCCUUCACCCCAGACGCAUGACCCUGCAGCCAUGGGCCACACACAGAGAGACACAGCAGCACAGCAAGGGAGUCUUCCUCAAGUACAUACCUGUGUGUGUGUGAGAGAGAGAGAUAGAGAGGAGAGAGAGAGAGAGAGAGAGAGGAGAGAGAGAGAGGAGAGAGAGAGAGAGAGGAGAGGAGAGAGGAGAGAGAGAGAGAGUUUGUCAGAGUGUAUGGAGGGUGGGAAUAUUGUCAGUAAUUUGAUGGUGGUCCUCCUCUCUACCACCAGGAAUGGGGCAGAGUGGCGUUCCGACCGUCUCCUGCUCAACAGGGAGGUGAUGAUGGCUCCUGCUGUACGUCGCUUCCUGCCGCUCCUAGACGAGGUAGCGAGGGAUUUCUGCCGUAUGCUGGCGACCCGGGUGGAGAAAGAGAGAGGAGGGGAGGAGGGGAGGUGCAGCCUGACCUUCGACCCCAGCCCUGACCUCUUUCGCUUCGCACUGGAAGGUUGUUGUCUUCUUUCACAUUUUCCUUUUUCAUAGAAGUCCUGAUUUGAUGUAUAUGUGUGUUGGUGUGGAUGUGUGUUGGUGUGGAUGUGUGUUGGUGUGGAUGUGUGUUGGUGUGUAUGUGUGUUGGUGUGUAUGUGUGUUGGUGUGUAUGUGUGUUGGUGUGGAUGUGUGUUGGUGUGGAUGUGUAUGGUUGUGGAUGUGUGUUGGUGUGGAUGUGUGUUGGUGUGGAUGUGUGAUGGUGUGGAUGAGUGUGUGUGGGGGUUUGGGUGUGGUCUGUGGUUUGGUUGUGAUGUUUGGUGUGUGGGUGGUGGUAGUUGUGUUGGUGUAUGUUGUGGGUGUAUGGUGUGGUGGUUGGGAGGGGGGUGGAUUGGUUGUUGUGUGGGGUGGGUGGGUGGUUGGGUGUGGGUGUGGUGGUGGUGAUGGGGGAUGAUGGUGUGGAGGGGUGUGGGGUGGGUGUGGGAGGGGGGGGGGGGGUAUGUGGUUGUGGACGGUGGAGUGGGUGUGUGGUGGGUGGGUGGCGUGGAGGUGUUCGGGUGUUGGGGAGGUGGGGGGUGGUGGGUUUUGGGUGGGAGUGGUUUGUGUGGUUGGUUUGGGGGCGGGGUGUGGGGGUUGUUUUUUUUUGGGGGAGGGGGGUGGUGGGGCAGGGGGGGGGGGAGGUGGGGGGGGGAAGGGUGUUGGGGGGGGGAGGGGGGUUUGGGGGGGGGGGGGGAGUGGGGGGGGGGAGGGGGGGGUGGGGGGGUGUGUGUGGGGGAUGGGGGGUGGGGGGGAUGUGGUGGGGGGGAGCGGUUGGGGUUUUUUUGGUGGGGGUGGGGGGUGGGGGGUGGGGGGGAUGUUUGGUUGGAGUGUUGGGGGGAGGGGGUGUUGGGGGGGUGUUUUGGGGGUUUUGGAAAGGUGGGGGGGUGGAUGGGGGGGGGGUGUGGGGGGUGUGGGGAGGGGGUUGGUGGGGGAUUGUGUGGGUUGUGGAGGGUGCGUGGUUGGGGGGGUGGGGGGUGGAGGUGGUUUUGGGGUUUUUUGUUGGUGUGGAUGUUGGUGGGGGGGGUUUGGGAGUGGUGGGGAAAGGGUUGGGGAAGGGUUUGGGGGUGGGAAGGGGGGGUGGUGUGUGGGGUGUGGAGUGUGUGGAUGGGUGGUUGGAUGUGUGUGGUGGGAUGGUGUGGUGUGGAUGUGGGGUUGAGUUGGGGAUUUUGGGGGUGGUGGGUGGAAGGGGGUUGGUGUAGGGGUUGGAUGUGGGUUUUGGGUUUCUUUGUGGUGUGGGAAAGUGGUUGUGGCUAGUUUGUGUGGUUUGGAUGGGUGUUGGUGUGGAGUGUGUGUAAUUUACAGUAUGUGUUUGUUUACCGUGGGGGGUGGUACAGCACCCUUUUGCAGGGUAAAAAUGUGUUACUGUGUCUGCAUUUUGGAGUGAUUGAACUUCAACUCUACCGUAGGUUUUAUGAUGUCAGUCUGUUUACUAACGUCAUUGACUGUCCGCUAGGUUCCCUUUCUGAGAUCUGGGCUUGUUUCUUGGUCUAAGAUAAAAGGUUUGUGAAGGAGUUCCUAGAGUGGGUAAGACAAUGGAAAUAAGAACAUUACGUUUCUAGGUCCAAGAUCUCUCUCUCUACUUUUCCCUUGGGUUUUUCCUCUCUUCUCACUCCAUGCUCGUUCCCUUUUUUAUUUAACUUUCAUCUCUCUCUGAUCCUCCUCCUCUCUCUCUUCUCUCUCUCUACAGCAAUGACUCUCACAACAUUUCUUCCUGGCGCUUUAGGGCACAUCCUAGAAUGAGAGACUCAUAAAAAAUAGAUGUAGAAGUAAAUGUUAAAUAUAGCCUUAGAGAUGUUUCUGGAACCAUGUGCAUUCUUCACCGGCUCGACUCUUUGAGAGCGCUUUGAUGUGCCUGUCUGGAUGUCCCAAUUAGUGUGUGUGUGUGUGUGUGUGUGGUUUUGGGUUUUGUGGGUUUUGUGUUCUUUGCAGUAUUUGGGGGAUAUUUUUUAGUGCAUUGGCUCUUCCUCCAAUUUGGCUCACUCAAACACGCCUUAGGGAAGAGUUGUUUCGGUUUGAAAAACAUUGAUGUCUAGCAGCGUCCCUAUUAAAUGACGGUUCGGGCCGCUGAACUAAAAAAUAGGAAUUUCCUUUGAUGGCUCUUAGACAACUCCUUCUUUUUAUUCCAUGAAUUACGCCUUGUCUGUUGCUGUUGUUAGGAUCCAAGGAGUAUAAAAUAUCGUCCAGGUGUGGAAGAACAUAGACGACCUGUGGGGUACAUAAUAAACGUUGGAAGGGGGAGUCUGAAGUUAAUAUCUAUCUUCACUUUCUUUCUUUUCAUAAGUCGACCAAUUACAUCAAAAACUAUUCUGAAGUUAAUAUCUCUUAUCUCUCUCUUCUCUCUUCUCAAUCUCUCCCUCUCUUCGACUCAUCUCUCUCUCUUCUCUCUCUCUCUCUCUCUCUCUCUCUCUCUCUCUUCUCUCUCCUCUCUCUCUCUCUCUCCUCCCUCCCUCUCUCUCUCCAGCCAGUUGUCAUGUCCUGUAUGGAGAGCGUAUCGGCCUCUUCUCCACCUCUCCCUCCCAGGAGUCUCAGAAGUUUAUUUUUGCAGUUGAGAGAAUGUUGGCCACUACCCCUCCUCUCCUCUACCUGCCCCCCCGUCUGCUGUGGCGCCUGGGCGCCUCCCUCUGGACACAACACGCCACUGCAUGGGACCACAUCUUCAGCCACGGUGAGACAGACACAUAAAAGACAAUCAUCCAAAAAAGGAUAGAAUAAAACAAUGAUAAAUUAAUGAAAAUAAUGAUAACACUUCUUCCCUCAUUCCCUACCAUUCCUCUUCCUCCUGCGCUCUCCUUCUCUGCUCUCAACCCCUCUCCUUCUCUUCUCUCAACACCUCUCCCACCUGUUGAACUGACUCAUCUCCCUCAUUCUCUCUCCUCACUGCUGUCCCCCCUCUCCUUCCCCCUUUCACUGUCCUGUUCCCCUUUCCUACCCCCAGCCGAGACGAGGAUCCAGAGAGGGGUCCAGCGUCUGCGCUCCACCCAGGCUGCAGGAGGUGGUAGUGGGGGUAAAGAGGGAGAGUUCACAGGGAUCCUGGGUCAGCUGAUGGAUAAAGGACAGUUGUCUCUGGAGCUCAUCAGAGCCAACAUCACUGAACUCAUGGCUGGGGGAGUCGACACGGUGAGUGUAUGUGUGGUAUGUGUGUGUGUCUAAAGCUCAGAGUCUGCUCAGAGUGUGUGUGUGUGUUUGAUGUGUGUUAACAGAAUGUGUAUUACACUACUUUUAUCUUGGAAUGUGAAAUGAGUAUGAGUAUGUGUAUGUGUGUAUGUGUGUGUGUGUGUGUGUGUGUGUGUGUGUGUGUGUGUGUGUGUGUGUCCUCAGACGGCGGUGCCCCUGC